AGCAGCUAAUUUUAUGGUUUAUUUGUAUAAUCAAGGAUCUGUGAAUUCUCAUUCUUCAAAUACUGAGACUCACUGCUACUAUCAAGGAAAUAUUGAAGGAUAUCCGAAUUCUGUUGUCUCACUCAACAUGUGUCCUGGACUGAGAGGAAUACUGCAAUUUGAAAAUGUUUCUUAUGGAAUUGAGCCUCUGGAAUCUGCGAUUGAAUUUCAGCAUCUUCUUUAUAAAUUAGGGAAGGAAAACAAUGAAUUUUCAAUUUUUAACAACGAUGACAGAAGCACAGAACAAUAUCUGAUGGACUAUAAAAUUUUUAUAAGUGAAAAAUUGGAAUCAGAUAUUCCGGAUUUAUUUCCUCUUUAUCUAGAAAUAUAUAUUGUGGUGGACAAAGCUUUGUAUGAUUACUUGGGCUCUGAUAGCAUCAUGAUAACAAAGAAAGUCUUCGAAAUUGUUGGCCUUGUAAAUUCAUAUCCCAAGGAGUCAACUGUGGAGGCCUUUUCAGUUACUGUGACCCAGCUGCUGGCACUCAGUCUGGGAAUAUCAUAUGAUGACCCAAAGAAAUGUCAGUGUUCAGAAACCACCUGUAUAAUGAAUCCAGACGCUAUAAGCACACUGCCAGUGAUAUUAUAUGGAUUCAUCUUUAGGAAAUCCAGUGGUGUGAAGAGAUUCAGCAGUUGCAGUUUGAGUGACUUCAAACAUUUCACUUCACAUGUGGGUACUAGCUGUCUUCAAAAUAAGCCACCAAUGCAAUUGCAACGGAAAUCAGUCUGUGGCAAUAAGAAAGUGGAGGGAGAUGAAGUCUGUGAUUGUGGUACUGCAGAACAAUGUGGACCUGAUAGUUGUUGUGAUCCUCAAAAUUGUAUGCUGAAACAAGGAGCACAAUGUCAUGAAGGAUCAUGUUGCCAUAACUGUCAAAUUGCAAGUGCAGGUGUUGUAUGUAGGCCCCAAGUGCAUGUGGAAUGUGACAUCAGUGAGUUUUGUAAUGGAUCCUCACCAGAAUGCAGUCCUGACAUAACUAUACAUGAUGGACAUGGAUGCAGUAAUAAUACAUUAGUCUGUUUCAGUGGAGCAUGCCCUGAUCCUGAUCAACGUUGUGAGUCUAUAUUUGGAACAGGUACUGUAUGCGUAACUCUAGACCACCCAUUGCAUCUAGAAGCUGAAGAUCCCAUGAUUAUGCAAGAUGGCACUGCUUGUGAUACUGGAAGGAUUUGUAGGAAUCGUUAUUGUAUAGAAUCAAGGUUUAUUAAGAGUGAAUCAGAAGCUUGUUCACGAAAGUGCUCUGGACAUGGAGUGUGCAAUUCCCAGAAGCAAUGCAAUUGUACUGAUGGCUACUUGCCUCCAAAUUGUCAAUUACAUCCCAGGGGAUCUCUUCUAGUUCCUGAGGGACGGGGUUCAAUCAUGGAAAGAGCUUCAAUGAAAACUAAAAAAACCUGGCUUCUAGGUUUCUACAUUUUUCUUCCUGUUCUCAUUGUAACAACCAUGGUAGCUUUGGCAUGGAAUCGUUUGAAAAAGAGGUUCACUACGGAAGAGGAAUCCCUAAGCAGCAAAUCCAGAUCAGAAGGCAGCACUCUCACAUAUGCCAGCAGAUCCAAAUCACAGGAAAGCAUCCAAACACAUGGCAGUAGUGACUAGUAAUUCCCUUGGAAGGCAAUGGACACGGAGAAAUGAAAAUUCUGCUUUUCCUCCUGUGGUCACAGCUGAAGGAAACAAUAAACCAAGUGAAGACCA